CGUAUCAUUGCUGCUAACUUCCCUAGUGACACGACUCGGCCGUUCAUUCAGCAAGAUAUCCGACUCUUUGGGGUUGGUCAUUCAUAUGUUUGAACACAUCACCAUUGGAACCAGUUUAUGAUUUUCAGAGUACUAAGUAGGCUGGCAGAAAAAGUUCCAAGUGCAGUGCACCGAGUCGUUUCAUCCAUGAAGCCUCAAGUUGUAUUUGUGUUGGGAGGGCCUGGCGCGGGGAAAGGGACACAAUGCGCUAAAAUCGUUGAGAAAUACAACUACAACCAUCUAUCUGCAGGAGACCUGCUCAGGGAGGAACGCAGCCGAACUGAGUCAGAGUUUGGCCAGCUCAUCGAUAACUAUAUCAAAGAGGGCAAAAUUGUACCUGUUGAGAUCACCAUCAACUUGCUUAGAAAGGCUAUGGAAUCCACCAUGCAGGCAGAUGAGCAGAAGUUUAGGUUCUUAAUCGAUGGAUUUCCUCGUAACCAAGACAACCUGCAGGGCUGGAACAAAGUCAUGGAUGGCAAAGCAGAUGUCAAAUUCGUCCUCUUUUUUGACUGUAGCAACGAGGUGUGUAUUGACCGCUGUCUAGAGAGGGGGAAGAAUAGCGGUCGUACUGAUGACAACAGAGAGAGCAUGGAGAAGAGGAUCCAGACAUACCUGCAGUCCACACGCCCCAUCAUUGAACUCUUCGAGAAGCAGGGGAAGGUGCACACCAUUGAUGCCUCGCGCAAUGUGGAGGAGGUGUUUGAGGAUGUGAAGAGCAUCUUCGGCAAGGAGGGCUGAGGAUUGUCUCGCAUCUAAGCUGCCAAGGAGUGUGCCCGCCACAGUGACUCAACGUUUUCUUUUUAUCAGUGUCAGCAAAUACUCUUGCUUCGUUCACAUGUCCACAUUUUUUGACUUUUUACUCAUGUAAUUAUAUAUAUAUAAUUAUAUGUCUGAUAUAUAUAUGGAAGAUAUAUAUAUGUCUGAUAUAUUAUAUGUCUGAUAUAUAUAUGGAAGGUUAGUCUAGUUAAGUAUAAAUUGUGUGAGUGUAUAUAAAUGUGCGAGAGUGUGCAUGAGUGUGAAUGGACUCUAGAUCUAAGCAUAAGUUCCAUUCUGAGAAGGGCUGCAGAGCAGAGUUGUGACUGAAACAAUGAGUUGUAGUUACAAAUGUCAUUUGUCCAUAGAUGCAUACAUACAAAUCGGUUACAUUUAGCGCUUGCUCCUGAACGAGGGUGGGUGGGGAACAGACUUUCUAGGGCAGUUUGGGAAUAUUUGUAGUGAUAUCUGCGAAUGUUCGUUUCAGGGAUGUCUCCACGUCAGACAUUGUGUCAUGUCUGAUAAGCAGAAAUGGCCGAAGUUCGACUCCAACCAUGGAGCUUACAGACUUUGCUCCAGGUUGACACUAAACCAGCUGUCUUUUGUGACUUUGACAUACUGACUGAUUGAGAGACAUUUUACAUUGCAGUCCCUAGGACUCAGUUGCUAGGCUACGGUCAGUCAGACUAGAGAUUUUUUUUGCUUUACCCAUCAUGAAGAUUUGGACUGAGCUUACAGUUUUUCCAAUAAUAGUAGAAGAGUAUUCCAUUCGAGGACUUUUCUUUACACUCAAUCAUUGUCAUCUUCACACUGUAAAGAUCAGUCUUGUGUUGUUGAAGAAUACUGAGAGUAAAACAUUGGAUAGCUAACCCAUCAGCAAAUAAAACAUCUGCUUAUUUUGACAAGUGUACAUGUCUCACGGUAGAGAACUGACAGAAGGAAUGACUACAGGGUCAAAGAAACAGCUGGUUAAGGAGCAAUAAAACACACUAGUGUCGCUGCUGGCAUUUUGUCUGCUAAAGUUGCAAUAACAGUUCUUUGGGUAACAAGGGGCCAGCCAUUGCACUUAGGUGAAUAUCAGUUUACUGCACCGCCAAGUCUUCUUGUGACACAAAUGCACAAAAAAACUUUAUGUAUCUGUUUUUGUUUGUGCUAUAAGAAUAGCUGUUGUUGACAAUUAGUAAAGAUAAAAGAACUGAUGCAUUGGAAGGAUGAA